AUGAAAAGAACCGCGGAAGUGGGCGCUAACCUGCCGCUCCGUUGUUGAAAGAACAACAGCUGGCAUACAGUACCACACAUGGACGAAUACCGCACAGUCUCGUCUACGUAACGUUGAGGAGCUCUACAAAUGUCUUGAGAAUGGCAAAGGUUGUUCGGACGAAAGCUUUAGUUGUAUUCCUCUUGAGUGUUUUUAUGCACUUCAGUCGCAUGUCAGGUCUCGGGAUUAAUGAGCUGCUUUACUUCCGGGUCAUCAGUCCAGAGGAGAUCGGGUACAUCUUCAGCGCAGCACCUGCUAAAGACUUCGGAGGAGAUUUUACCUCAUCAUACGAUGAGAUUUUCCUCGUGCCAGCAGACCCAGCAGACGGCUGCUCGGAGUUGGAGGACAGAGAAAUCAUACAGGGACAAGUAGUGCUGGUGGAAAGAGGAGGUUGCUCCUUCGUACAAAAGGCCCGACACGUGGAGGAAGCUGGAGGCAAAGCCGUUCUGAUCGCCGAUGAUGCAGCGGACAAUGACAGCCAGUACCUCGACAUGAUCACCGACGGAAGCGCUGCCAAACCAAGCAUUCCUGCCCUGUUCCUGCUGGGACGCGAUGGGAUGAUGAUCAGACGAUCGCUUCAGAGACAAGCGCUGCCGUGGGCUGUCAUUUCCAUUCCUGUCAAUGUUUCCUCGUUGGCCUCGUUCCCACUCAAGCAGCCCCCGUGGACUCUGUGGUAGAAAUGAACCCGCAGCCUCGCAGGGAAAAAUUCUUCAGUGUUAAACAAAUACGCAAGCACUGCCGGUGGACCAGUCAAAUUAGCAUAUGUACACAUGGUUAUGUCACGCUCAAACAUGUGGCCAGAGGCAUGAGGAGCGAGCCUUUCAACAGUGUUCGAGUGGACUCUUCGACCAGAGUUGUUGAACCAGGUGAGGACAGGCAACUUCAGCAAGAGACACGCCUGCUUAUUCUCAGUGCUCAGCUGGUUUUUAACAUGAGUCUCCAGAUACUUCUGUACGGACGAUUUGUUGGUGAAACCGGAAAAUUGACGUUAAUAUGACUCCUAUCAGAUUGAAGUGCACCAUUUAUUUUUGCCUUGUGAAAUAGUACAAGUUAUGCAGGCGGCUUUGGGGGGAGAACAACAACAAAACAGGCCCUGACACCAUAUCUUAUUUAACUCUUGUACAUUACAACAUACCAGGGAUGUCAUCUCACUGUAACAUGAUAAUAAAUACUGCUUAUUUGCAUGAAGUUAAACAGGGUGGCACUCUGACUCAAAGGUUUCUCAUAUGGUUAAUAAACAUGAAGGGUUUCUUUCUUGCAUAAAAUCAUUUAUUGCCUUUCUGAGGUACACAACUUUAAAGACCCACAUUUUCUGCCUGUUUUGCAUAUAUACUAAUAUUAGCGCAGAGGCAGAAUCUCUUCUGCCAAAAAUAAAGCAAAAGGUAAAUACACGGUCGCAAUGCGUCUUCAUCCAUUAAUGGCAGCUGAUCAAUGAAUAAGAAAUAGUUUCAUCUUGGAUUUUAUAUGGCAUGCAAUGAUAUUUUGUAGCUGCUUCUAUAUUGUUGUAUAUGUUUAUUAAUAACGUGCAAAGAGGUCAGUACGAUUCUUUGAAAUUGAAUCUGGAAAACUAGAGCACAAAACAUUAAAAUAUGAAACUUAUGGAGGAGCCAAGUAUUCGAUUUCUGGUUUUAGUUGAUCUCUCGCAUUUUUUUUCAUGGUUUAUUUUCAACUAAAUUUCAAGUUCAUUACAUUUAAGGUUUUAGGUCGUUUGCUGUCAUAUUUACAAUAUACAGUAGUUUUGUACUGAUAGUGUACAGAUAUUAGAAUGAUACAUUAAACUUACUGGACUUAUACCGUGGCACCUGUAUUUUAUUGGACUGUCUGCUACUUGCAACAGUGUUCUUUAACAUGUCAUUUUCCCCGCCCCCCCCCUGUCUUAUUGCCCCUCCAUGGAGGGAGGGGCUGGUGUCCACAAUGAGCUUUCUGCCCGUCUUCAUGUGAACUUUUCUUUGUCUUCAGAGAGCUUGAGCUUCGUUAGGGAAUAUAAUGUGAAUUGCUUAUUUCUUUUUGCUGAAAUUUACAAUAUUUUAUGUGUGAGAACAUUUGAAUCUGAGAGAUGUACUGCUUUACUUUAAGGUCUCUUCACUCGUAGAUGAAAGCAGAGGAGACGAGGAUAGUGUUGUAUUUAUUUGUUUAUUCAUGUGUGGAUUUAAAGUAGAAAUCAGAAGUUUAUAAGGAUCUGUAUUUGUCUACCACUCAGCAUAUGGGUAACGUAGCCUGUCAUUUCAAAUUGUAUUGCCUUAUAAUGUGAAAGCCAUUGUUGGCCAUGUUCAUUUACAUUUUCUCUUAGAAAAAAGGUACAUACAUAUAAUAAAUAAAAUAUAUUGCAUCACGA